UGUACUGUGAUAAUGCGCAUACUCUGCGCAAUAGCCUGACGGCUGAGAAGUAUCUCGGGGCGCUGGUGCGGCUGAUGAAGAAAAACUCUGACCGCGAGAAGGAUUCUAAGAUUGUUGCCAUGGCAACCCAAGCGACGGGCAACACGCUCCAGGUGUUCAAAGAAUGCGAUUCACCCUACUUCGAUCCUCUGCUGAAGUUGGUGAAGACUAGAACCAAACUGUAA